AUUCUGUUAUUGGAUGCCAUGUUCGGGGUGACCAGAUCAUACUUCUUGCAACAGCAUGUGCAUAUGUUUCUGGGGACAAUUCGGAGGAACGGUUGGCAAGGAUUUUGUGCGAUCCUGGGUCACAAGUAAGUUUCAUUACAGAACGCUUUGCUAAUUCCUUGAAUCUUCAUAGGAGCAGCUAUGACGUAGCRGUCGAGGGUAUUGGUGCAUUAUCCUGUACACGCACCAAGGGCGUCGUGGCAAUAACACUCAAGUCAACUCACUCGCAAUUUUCCGUGGCAAUCCAUGACGCACCACCCCUAGGCGACUCUUAUGGCUGCGCUUUAAGGCAAUUCUAUCGUUUGGAGCGUCGACUCUCCUCCGAUACCCCAUUACGUGACAAAUAUAUCGCUUUCAUGAAGGAGUAUAUCGAGCUAGGGCACAUGGAAGCUCUCGGUACCUACAAUGAUUCCAAUCGU